CACUACAAUACUAGACUUAUCUCAAAGUGUCACAUUAUAGCCGGAGCGUCACCUGUUCGCUGGCGUCCUGUUCCUGAUGCAAUAGGAAUCUGAAGAUUACAGACUCAAGUCAAACCCCAGCACAGACACCGAGGAGCUGUAUUUUACCACAGAGGAGUGUAGGGGGUCAGUCGGCGGAGGGAGAGCUGCGAAGUUAUUUAGGUACACCAGAAGCAGGGGCAGCCAGCCGGGCGAUCUGAGUGUUUCCUGGCUUUGAUGCGACCCGAGUGUGCCUGGAGCAUGUCCACAGUGGGCCUGACUGCCCAGGAGAUCUCUUUUCCCAUAGAAAACCCCUUCCUGCGGGGCAGCUACUGUCACAGCAUGGCUGGAUCCAAGCCCUCCUGGAGCCAUCGCUAUGAACUGGACAAUUUCUACUUCAGUAUGGACACUGCACAUACAGAUCACAGCUCUCGAGCCCAACAAAAGGGGCCACCUCCACCUUCUCUAAGUUAUGAGAGACAUAUACAGAGAUUACCUCCAAAGAAAUCCCGGCCCUCCCAUCUCUCCCUGUCCUGCAGUGCUGAACCCUCCACCCCAAGUCCUGCUGACGAUGACCAGGUGGUCCCCUCAUUCCAGAGGCUCUCAGUGUACGAGUGCAGUAGCCCACCACAGACGCCAGGCAGGUGCUCCAAGCCUCUGCCCCCCCUCCCUUCACAAACAGACAUCUCCCCUGAGCAGGCUAUGGACAAUGAGGUAGAAUUUUUCACAAGUACGGACGACAGCUGUUGCCUGGUGUCUGAUCAGUGUUCCAAAUCGUCUCCUUUUCGAUAUGGAGUCCUCAGCCGAAGGAGCUUCAGGGACUGCGGGCAGAUUAACUAUGCUUAUUAUGAUGGACCACAAAGCCAGAGGCAGCCCCAACAGCACCACCAGACACAUCCUCCACAGGAAGUGCGGGAACAGUAUGAGCAGCAGCGACAGGAACCACCUGAGCCAGUGGUCUGUCAGAGACAGCAGGACAAAGCUCAGAAGAGGCUACGGCGCUCUCACUCUGGCCCAGCUGGAUCCUUUAACAAGCCUUCGCUGCUGCGCCUCACUUGCCACAAACGCCACACCCACAGUAUGGAUAAGCCAGAGGUGCCUCCCCCUAUACCUCCUCGAACAAUCAAGACAGGAGACUAUCGCCGCUGGUCAGCAGAGGUCUCGUCUGGGGCUUAUAGUGAUGAGGACAAACCACCUAAGGUGCCCCCAAGGGAACCUUUGUCGAGAGGCGGCUCUCGCACCCCCAGCCCCAAGAGCCUCCCAACAUAUAUUAAUGGGGUGAUGCCCCCUACCCAAAGCUUUGCACCAGAUCCUAAAUAUGUAAGCUGUCGAGGUUUGCAGAGACAGAACAGUGAGGGCUCCCCCUGCAUCCUUCCUGUUAUGGAGAAUGGAAAGAAGGCUAGCGCCACACAUUACUAUCUCCUACCUCAGCGGGAGAUAGUAAUGUCUUCCACUGAGGGAGACAUUUCGUGGACGCACCUUGUGUAGAGAAGAAGUGUCUUCGGGGCAUGGACACCCUUGCAGCUCGCAAUACAGAUGUGUCAGACUGAGUCUAGGACUGCCACAACAGACGGAAAGCACAUGCAGACUUAGUUUGAAAAGCUUUAGUGGAAGUAGCAGAGGACUCUACUGAGCAAAAACCACUUGACAAAAUGGUGAAACUGGACUCUAACACGCUAACAACCCUCACACUGCUGCUUUCACUGUUUGUUUGUUUGUUUGUUUGUUUGUUUGUUUGUUUGUUUAACCCCUUAUGUAUUCUGAUCACACAGGGUAUGUGAGCACUGUAUUCAGUUACUGGUAAUGUUGGAAUAGCUAUCACAACCGAGAUACUUUACAUAAAAAAUUUUGUCUCUGACUAUAGAUUGUGGGCAAAAUUCAACAUUGUAGAGCUUAUUUUUGAUAUGAUUUUUAUUUCAUGACAUUCAAAAAUUGUGCUGUUUUUGCUGAUGAUAUGGUACAGUCAGAAGGUCCAAGCAGGCCUUGAACCUCAUGUGCUCAGUAUUUUGUGUCUGUAAGGUUGAGGAUGUUUUGUGAGAUGCACCUGGGCUUUCUAACGCUGCUUUUGUAUCUCACAGGGGACAGAAGGUCAGUAAUGUAACCACGUAUCGCUUAAAAUAUGAAGUAUAAACACAAGGCCAAUUAAUUUUUAACAAAAUGAAGGAUGCUAGCACAUGAAUCUCCAUUCUGUUUGCUAUUAUAUAUAAACACUGAUAUGGUUUCCCUGCUUUGAUGAAGUUUUAGUCUUACUCAGGCCACUGUAUCUGUGUAAAUUUGUGUUUCCCACAUGGCACGUUGUCAUGGUACAUUUUGUACUAAGCGGUGGGUACAUUACUGGUAGCUAUGCAUGUUUCCAUUGGAAUGUCUAGUGCAGCUUAUAUGGUGUAGUUGUCUUGAUGAGUUGAUGAAUGUGUUUGUGUGUAUGUAUGUGCGUGGACGUGUUUGUGCAUACGUGCAUGUGAACCGCAGUUGGAAAUGUGUUCUGGUGAUACUUUAUAGAAUGACUUUCUACACUUAAGUAGAAAAUUGUCAACCGUACUUGUUACUGUGCUCUGCUUGUUCGCAGUGCCUGCUUUUGAGCUCAGCCCUCUAAACAGUGAACACACCUGAUUGCUUUCGUUCGGUGUCCAGGUCUGUUUUCUUGCACAGAAAUUGGCCUGUUGAACAUUAAGUGAAUGUAUGCUGUUCUUACUGAAAUUCCGUCAGACAGUUGGAGGAGCUUAUUUUUGGUCAAGCUGUGAGUCAUUGCUUGGAACGAAUUUGCCUCAAGUACUACCUCCCUUUGGUAUUAAUCCUAUAUUUCAUAUAUUCCCCAUUUAAAUUGUGUCCAAAGGCAAAAUCUGAAAUUCUAAUCUGAGACGAAGCUUUAAUUCACUUUAGUUAAGAGUAACACCAAGUCAAUUCUAACCGAAUAUCCUGAAAUAGAGAUUUUAGAUCAGGCAGAUCUUAGAUCACAGAGAUGUUAGGCUAACCUGUUAAUACAGACGCAUUACAAAGACAGUGCAGGGUUUACCUACCUGACACAGACUUUCCUGUUCUGCUCAUGCAUUCCUGCCUUCAUGAUUGCAGUGGGUGUGGUCUGAGAGACUUUGGCUGCUGGCAGCCUAGAAAAUAUAUGAAUUUUUAUUGUUGUAGAUCAUUCAAGAAGCACCAGGAUGGUAUAGUAAAUGUAGCAUAUGUAUUGAAGUAACCCUUGGUAUCGAACACGGUGUUCAGUUUGGGAAACAGAUAACCGCUAAGGUCAAACGGUCGUUGAAGUAUACUUUUUCUCUCCCUCCUGCUCACAAAACCUUGCCAACACAAUGUUGCUUUGGACUUAAAUGUUUGAAAAAAUGUUUACAUCACACACUGAUACUAUUUAAUCUUAAGGUAUUCAUAUGUCUUAUUAGAAAUAAAGAAACUGAAUGAAGACUAGUUUAUCGAGACAUAACUUCUCUGCUGUGGUGAAGACAUGCACUGGGAGAGUACAGUAUGCUGUGUACAGUAUUUAACAGUUCCAUUUGUUGUUAUGAAUAGUUGAUAAGUAUAUAGUCUUUAAAAAAGAAAUCAAAAUAAAAUGACUUAUUUAUGAGCCUGCUUCAUUCUGUUUCUUGAAUCUGUAGAGAGUGAAAUCUCAACUCAGCUGUCUGGCCUGUUUUAUCACCCACACACCCUCAUGCUGUGCCUUAUUGUGACUGGCUUCUAUCCAGAGAAAGAAGAGUGACUUACAAUGGUCGACUGACAGGUGUACAGUAUAUUGCCUUCCUCUUCCUGGUUAUAGCACUGCC